AUGGCGCCCCAAUGCCAAGCCCUGCAUCUCUCCGAUGAGCGGCGCUGCACCGAGCCCGCCACCAACGUCAAUGGCCUCUUCUGCCACUUCCACGCCCGCCAGGUCAUGGGCCUGUACAAGGGCUACAAACGCCGAAACAAGCAAUACGACGACCUCGUCGCCAAAUCUCCCGCCAAUCUCGCCGACCCAAACACUCCGCUGAGCAAGGUUUCCUUCGACGACGCCAAAGACGAGAAAACCCUGCGCCAGCUGCACCACCACCUCUUCCUCCGCCACGCCCUGCUCGACCGCGUCAUCCGCGCCCGCAAGCUGCACCACUCCCGCUUCUACGCCCUCGAGCUCGACUACGGCCACCACCACUUCCUCGACCAUCUCUCCAACCAGAAACACACCGUCCUGCGCGCUCUCGAGCGCCUGGAACGCCGCACCGCCGAGGUGUUAUACGAGAAGCAGAAGUGGUUCAAGUGGGUGCGCGCGCUCGAGGACGACGAGGAGAAGGAGCGCGAUGCCGAGAAGAAAAAGGUCAAGCAGGAGGCCGCCCUGUUCAAGCGCCAUUGGAAGGAGGUCCAGGUCCGUCUUCGCGAGCUGCGGGCCAAGGAGGAUGAGAAGAGGCAGGCCGAGUUCCUUGACAAGGCGUGGCAGGAGCGCAAGGCUCUGGAUGAGGAGUCGGCCGAUGAGGAAUGGGAUCCCAUCGACGACGUUCUUGAGGAUGAGCGUGGCAGCUACAUCGAUCUCAUCAAAAAGUUCCUCUGGCAGGAGACGGUCAUGGAUGCCAUGGAGAAAAGCGGCCAGGUUGAGGAGCCGGUCAAGGACGUCUCCAGCGAAGCGGCUCCCGCAGAGCCUGCCAAGAGCAGCGAGAGCGCGGCUCUCACGAAGAACGCGAGGAAGAAGGCCAACCAAAAGGCGAAAAAGGCCGCGGUCGUCGAAGCCGAGGGUCCCAAGCCUAAGCCUGGCGAGGUCCACAUCGAGACCGCUGGAGAGAUGCGCCAGCGCUUGAGGGAGGGCGUUAAGGUCAAACACGCCUAUGGUUGGCACGUUCAAGGGAGCGUCGAGAACCCACCGGAGCUCGCCGACAAGACGGCGCCCAUCCCCGACGACGAGAUCAACCGACUGCUCGAGGAGAUUUCCGAAAUCAAGCAGCUCCUCUUCUGUCGUAUCUUGCUGUCUCACGCAGCGCUUCUUCCAGCGGCUCUCCGCGCAAGCAGCAUCGAAGACUUCAUCAAGGACGAAGAGGUCACAAACACCGAUCUCCGCGAUCUUGCCUUGAAGAUGGAGCAGCCCGAUCUGCAGGCGCUGCGUGACGCUUGCGCGGACCUCGGCCGCAAUGAUCCUGAGGAAGACGACGAUGCCGACAAGCAGGUGGCCCCCCAAGCACAAACGAGCGUCUGGCGCCCCAUGUUCAACAGACUCCUUCCCGAAAGCUGGCAGUCGCAGCGGGAGAAGGAGAUGCCUGCCACCCGACAGAGAUCUAUGCCCGAUGCCGCAGGGCAGGACACGGUCGACUUUGGCCAAAUCGACGACGCGGGCCAGUAUCGCAUCAAGCGGAUCCGCGUCAAGGUCUGUGGCAAGUGGAUCUACAACUAUCCCAGCGACAAGGCAAUGGCGCGCGGUGGCUGGCUGCACUUUUCCAUCAUCGCCAAGGAAUGCAGCCUGUUUGAUGCGGUGGAGCUGUGCAAGAGUUGGGACGAGUUCUUCGAGCUGAAUAUCCUCUCGUGCUACCAAUACUUCCCCGCCAGCCACUGGUCCCUGUGGGGCUUCAUCCCGUACCAGCAAAUGUCGCUGUCCGACAAGAUGACGAUGCAUCAUCAGACUGGGGCUCGGUCAUCGGCCCGCCGCUCGCACAAAAUGUUCGAGACGCGCAACUUCAUCUGCGCCAACCUCAAGCGCAACGAUCCCGUGAGCCGACGCGUCAUUCAGUACAUGGCCUUGGAGGCUUCCAGCAUGGUGCUGCUCGUCCGGGACGGCAAGACGGGCGAAUUCAUGGUGCGGCCUCCCGAGAGCGAGCUUUGGUUGAUGCGCGAGAAGAGCGGCAUAGGGCGCGCCACGAGAAACACGUGGAACGUCAUCAAGUCGGUUGGCCCGGAGUUUUUCGAGGAGAUGGAGAAGCACCGCAACUGGCACUUUGGCUUCAAGGACUACUACGACGUCGUCAUCUGGGACACGGAACCGGGCAAUCAUUUUAGCUGCCUGUACAACAGCAUCCAAACAUGCCUCAUCAAAGCUCAUCGCAUCAGUUCCGGUGUCGACAUGUACCGCUCCGCUGAGCCUGUGUUGAGGACGAUCGCUCGCGACCCAACCACCCAGCGUGCCAAGGACAUAAAACCCGACGAAGUGGGCAAGAUCAACAGCAUUUGGGACGACAUCAACAGUCCCACCCACCGGCUGUUCUAUUGGAACCUCGGCGCGGACGAAAUUAGCAUGAAGGAGGCAAUGCCAAAUGCCUGGCGCUACACGGAAGCGGACAGGCUGGAAGAUGAGGUGCUGUUCCCGGAGGAGUUUGGUCUGACGGAGGUGGGGGAGGUGGAUCGCAAUAAACUUCUUGCAGAUCAGCGGCGCGGAGGGAGAGGUUACGACUUUGAACACAACGGCCCGGACUUUAUGAGGUUUGUUAACGAUUUGGAUACCGAUGAUGAGCUGAAUGAUGACGAGAGAGAAGCGACGAAGCGGGAGUUUGAGCGAGGCACGAAGAGGCUGGAGAAACGUGGAGGCCGCCGCUUGGGAUGGGAGGAAAUUGAGGAAGAUGAAGAUGAAGACGAGGUAUACGAUUUCGAGGAUGACAAGGCGGAGCACAGCGGCGAUGCAGACGAGAUCAGCAUUGACACCGGGUCAGAUUGGGAAGACGAAGAAGAUGAAGACUAUGAUUUUGAGGACUAUGGCCUCAGCGCCAUGGUUAUUGCGAACAAACAGAUAGCGUCGGGCAUUCCCUACGGAGGAAGGCUCGAAGACGGCCGCACGUACAACCCGGAACUCUUCAAGGGCAUGAUGGAGGCGCUCACGGAUUGGACGGACCCGGAAAACGAGCCCAUGCCACUCGGUUUCCGGCCGGAUGGAAGCAGAAUGACCAUCGAGGAGCAGGACGAGCAGAUUCACGGCCAGUUUAUGAUUCACGUCGAGCGGGAGGGGGCAGCGUCUUUCAAGGAACACUGGCACGCAGCCGACCUCGAGCCCGGCGCGCAGGAGCGCUAUCGCGAGGCGAACAGUCUCAUUGCCGCGUACGAGAAGUGGUGCAAGCAAGAGGGGCCGAUCGACCUGAACACGAUAAAAGCGACGCGCUUCUUCAGGCUGUUUGCCUGGCUGGGCGUCAGCCCCGAAGACCACCGCCGCGUGCACCGCGACAUGCACCGCGCCGAGACGAUGAUCGGGCUGUUCAUGGACGACGAGCGGGCGGGCUUCCUGGCCUCGGAGGCGGGCAACCCCUUCGCCGAGUCGAAGCUCUUCGACCAGGACGAGCGCUCGCACUGCCCGCCCGACCGCCGCUCUUCGCACUCAAACAAGUACCGCCCGAAGGUGCACUGGGCGGCGUGGGACGCCAUCCUGGAUCAGCACAUUGCGUGGCGCCGGGACGAGGGCAUCACCACGCCUGAAGAUCCGUACCCCGACGCGUGGAACCUGAUCGUGCGGCCGACGCUCGCGCACUUCUACAAAGAAGGCAUCGUCUGCCCCUCCUACGACCGGGACGCGAACGGGCUCGUCGUCGUGCUCACGGAGCCACACCGUCCGGACAAACCCGACGUCUUCUUCGACUGGCGCGACACGCUCAAGAUCAUCCGCAUGUCGCCGCACCUGGAGGACCCAACGACACAACCACCGCUACUAGAGCGGGCGCAGCGCUUCGCGGCCGCGAACCCCGGCGCCGUCUUCAGCGUGCUGCGCGUGUGGUCGGCGCCACACUUCUGGCCGCUGAUGCUCGGCGCAGACAACCGCGACCCGACGAGCUUCGCCGACGCGGUCGGCCGCGCUUGGCAGUGGAAGUUUAUUCCGAAGGACAUGCCGUUCUCGGAGGUGUCGAUGCACCAGGCGCUCAAGGGGCGGUUGGCGCCGCUGCUGCAGCGGGCGGGCGUCGGUGACGGGAGCGGGAAUGGGAGUGGGAGUGGGAGUGGGGGCGCGGGGAAGGGCAUGUCGUGGUAUUGGGAGGGGGGUGGUGGGCUGAGGAGGGGCGGCGUCGCGUUUAGGAAGGAUGUCGUGCUUGUAAUGGGCGCGGAUCGCGAGGAGUGUAGAGCGCUUAGUGUCGCGGUGGCGUGGUGUAUUGGCACGAGGCCGUGGCGCUUGGAGAUCGAUUUGUGGAAGAGUUGGGUGGGUGUUGGGGUGGGGGUUUUGGAGGGGAUGGAGGGGGUGUGGUGGGAGUAG